CUGCAAGUACAGAAAGGCAAACCUACCCACAAUUAUAUUAAACUAUUCAACAUGCAUCAAAUGCUCAUCGGUCGCUCCCGACCAGUCAUCGGCAAUCUCGGCCAAAGACUGCAGUCGGCGGACCCUUCCCAGCGACGAAGACAUAUCGUGCGGUCGGAUACCUAUCGCAAGGAUAGUUCAGAACCCGGCCACAUCCCCGUCAGCUCCUUACGCGUGCAUGGCGCCGCCUGGGCCGUGGCUGGCGCCAGCAUGUACGCUACCCUGCAUGGGGUCUACAUGAUGCUGAAGUCCUUCCGACAGAUUCGCUACAUCUAAUCCCUUCGAUGUUGAUUUCCAGAAUGGCUUUGUACCUGUACAUGUGUCAAGUUUAGCGAUAUGGAAUAACAAUACGCUUUGUAUAAUCACCCAGAUCUUAUAUAAUUCCAACGAUGAUGGAGAGUGGGGA